AAACAUAUAAAUUGAAAGAAAGAGAAUAUGAAAACGAUGAAAACGACGAAUACAGGACGAAAUCAAGGCUGUAAUACCAGAAGGUGGACAAGUACAACUAAUGAACACGGAAGAAACAGUUGUUUUUUCGUCGAUUUGAAAUCAAAUAAAACGGCCCAUUUUCGCUGGAGUAAGGAUUACCAAAGAAAGUUCAAGUCUUGACAAUAAAAGCUCUUCUGAUUGCAUUCAAGACAAGGUUUUGAUAAGAAAGCAUGAACCGCCAUCCAUCUGGAAGACUAACAUCAGGUAAAAGGGCACUGAAAGAUCUUCUGGCUCGACCUGACAAUCGUGUGUGUGCGGAUUGUGGUGCUCCGGACCCAAAAUGGGCGUCAUCAAAUAUAGGAGUCUUUAUAUGCUUAAAGUGCUCUAGUGUCCAUAGAGGCCUCAGCAUGCAUAUUUCAAAGGUUCUGUCUGUGACGUUAGAUGACUGGUCUGACGAUCAAAUAGAUUCGAUGGUUGAAGUAGGUGGAAAUGCAUCUGCAAAUUCCAUUUACGAGGCUUAUAUUCCUCAAGGGGUGUCAAAGCCUAGGCCCGAUGCUGGCCCUGAAGCACGCUCUCAGUUUAUCAGAUCGAAGUACGAGCUUCAGGAAUUCUUGAAACCUAGCCUGCGUAUUCUGUCGACUGCUUCAAAGAACUCUUUUCGAUCUAGUAUGUCCACGAAAAGUUCAGAGAGCUUUCGAAGUUCAGCUUCAUCACAGCAGCCAGAAGGCAUGGCCGAGUUUAUUGGAACGUUGAAGGUUAAAGUACUAAAAGGCACAAAUCUAGCUGUUCGAGAUAUGCUAUCUAGUGAUCCGUAUGUUGUCUUGAAACUCGGAAAGCAGAGAGUUCAAACAGCUGUGGUGAAGAGCAACUUGAAUCCCGUGUGGAAUGAGGAACUUAUGCUCUCCAUUCCACAAAAAUAUGGCCCUAUCAAGCUGGAAGUUUAUGACUACGACACGUUCUCUGCGAAUGAUAUAAUGGGGGAAGUCGAGAUAGACAUUCAGACGAUGAUAACUUCUGCUACUGCAUUCGGGGAUGUUGGAGCGUUCGAGGGCAUGAAGAUCGGGAGAUGGCUGAAGUCGAACGACAACGAGCUGUUGGAAGACAGCACAGUGAAUAUUGUGGAUGGGAAGGUGAAGCAGUUAGUAUCUUUGAAGCUGCAAAAUGUGGAAUCUGGAGAAAUACUUCUUGAGCUGGAGUGGAUGCCUCUUGAUCAAUAA